AUGUCGCUGUUUAAAUCCGGUCGUAAGCAAAACGAAAAGAUAAAUCGCAAGCGUUCAAAAGGUCCUUCGAUAGGAAAUCUUGCCAAGCCAAUCAAAGCCGCUCGGCAUGAUUUCGAUGAGGAAAUAGACAGCGAUGAAGAAUUGGAUAAAGAGCAACAACAUCAAGCUGAAUUUGAGGAUGAAGUGGCUGCUCUUGAAACAACACAGGAUAAACGCAUUCGUUUGGCCAAACAGUACUUGCGCCAAGUGCAGGAAGAGGAACAAGAGCGAGAUGAAUACGAGGACGAGACGCAGCUUGCCAGUGGCAUGGCCCGCACGCUUAAAGAGUCCUAUCUGAGCGCCGCCGGAAAGUCUCACCGCACCCUGGGUAGCAAGUACACGGGAUUUGACCUGGAAAAUGCGACCUCGCUUCACUGGAAAAAGCAACGAUUUUCUAUGACUUGUUGUAUUUUGUCUGCCGACAACGAUUACUUGUACGUAGGCUGUAAGAGUGGCUUGGUCGUCCGGUGGGACUUGAAAACGAAGCAACGAACCGCUUAUUUUCAAGCGAAAAGCAGCGUAAUACAGUCCCUGGCCGUAUCGCACGACAUGAAGUAUUUGGUAGUGGCAGAUGGAACGGAAGAAAUUAAAAUCCUCGAUGGAACAAGCCUGACGCAAGUGAAUACCCUUAAAGGACAUUCGAACACCGUCACGGGAGUCGUUUUUCGGUUGAAUUCCUACCAACUGUUCUCUUCCAGCGCUGACCGCACAGUGAAGGUAUGGAGCCUCGACGAAAUGGUAUAUAUUGAGACCCUGUACGGCCAUCAAAGUCAGGUGACGGGUAUCAAUGCACUGUCCGCCGAGCGCAUCGUAACAUCGGGCGGCAUGGACCAAACGAUACGUAUUUGGAAAGUGGCGGAAGAAUCGCAGCUUGUUUUUAACUCGUUAAACGAAGAUUUCUCAGCCGUUAAGUUCGUUAGCAAUGAUUUAUUCGUGUCCGGUUCCGUGGAAGGAUCGUUCAGUUUGUGGAGCAGCGGUAAAAAGAAACCCAUCCACCGGAUCAAACUGGCUCAUGGACAACAGGACGUUGGGCAUCCAAAUUGGAUCUCAUGUCUGGGAGUGUUGGCCAAUUCGGACAUAGUUGCCUCCGGUUCGUGUGAUGGAUUCGUUCGUAUUUGGAAACUGGCCAACAAGCGACGAACGAUCCAGCCGCUGUUAGAGAUUCCAGUGGAGGGUUUCAUUAAUGCAAUUGAAUUCACCAGUGAUGGUAGCUUUUUGGUUGUAGCCAUCGGACAAGAACACCGAUUAGGGCGCUGGUGGACAAUACGUAAUGUUAAAAACCGUGUAUUAUUGAUUCCAUUGUCUAUUGAUUCAUGA